AUGGGAAAGAAGAGAAAAAAUGAUGGGGAGCAUGCGAAAGGUUUCAAGAAAAGGAAAGAAGGGCUGACGCGAGACUUGAAGAAUCUGGAUAAAGAAAUUUCACGGUUGAACAGAAAAAUAUCAGACCAAGAAAAUCUCAUGGAUAAGUUAUUGAAUCAGCUGAUGCCUGGAUCUGAAGAACCAGAGUUGCUCAGAAAGGAAUUUGCUAUCUUACGUCCAGAUCCCAAUUGGGAUACCUGGACGUCGGAAACAAAAAAACCUGGUGACAUCAUCUCUCUGUUGAAAUAUCGCACCAAGAUGCUUGAGAGACAAAUUCAACAUUUGUAUGAGAUGAAGUUCAAAUGA